AUGUCACGACCAGUCGACGAGGAAAGGCAGCAAGAGCUUCGCAAUCGCAACUCGUCCAGCCCUAGCAGCGAUGAUCUCUCCAAGGUGGAGUCCAAGUCGCCCGGCGUCCGCCGGAUGGAGGCGAUCAACGAUGUCUGGACGCGGACCAACAAGAUUUGGUUCAUCGUCGCCUUGGUCAUCCUCACCUUUCGACAGGUCCUCACUUCGGCCUCGCUUCCCAUCACCGCCAAAAUGGCCGACUAUAUCGGCCGUGGCUUCAUUCUCAACUGCACCGUUCUCUUCUGGAUUGUUGGUGGCGUUGUUGUCGCCACAUCGCACAACCUCGGUGGUUGGCUCCCUGGUUUCCUGCUCUACACCCUCGGACACGUGGCUGGCAAUGUCAUGAACUAUGCGCUCUCCAUCGACACUAGCUCCCUGCGCAACCGUCUCUUCCUGCAGUUUGCCUUCGUCUUCCCGUCCAUCAUUAAUGUGUGGGCCGGUGGCAGCAUCGCCGAGGACGUGGACGAGGGACCGGGAUGGCGCUGGGGCGUCGGCAUGUGGUCCAUCAUCAUUCCACCCAUCGCCCUUGGACUCUACGCCGUCUUUGCCCACGGCUACCUCAAGGCGCGCAAGGCCGGACUCAUCGACGGCAUUCCCUCUGCGUGGCGUCUGCUGCGCAGCGGCAAGGCCUGGAAGCACCUGUUCUGGAUGAUGGACCUUGUUGGUCUCACGCUCCUCGCUGGUGCCCUUGCGCUCAUCCUCCUCCCCCUCUCGCUCGGCGGUAGCUCUGCCGAGGCGUGGCAGACGCCCAAGGUCCUGACGCCGCUUUGCAUUGGUGUCCUCCUUCUUCCUGCAUUCGCCUUUUGGGAGGCCAAGUAUGCCCGCCACCCCAUCUUCCCCUUCCAGGUCAUGAAGGACCGUCACGUCAUCAUCAUUCUCCUCAUUCAGUUCCUCAACAAUAUCGCGACCAGCACCCGCGACGCCUACCUGUACACGACGCUCGUUGUCUCCUUCAACCAGUCGGUUGCUGGUGCCACUCGCAUCAACAGCAUUUCCGGCUGUGCAUCCUCGGUGACCGUCUUUGUCGUCGCCAUUCUCAUUCGCAAGUUCCGCCUCGUAAAGCCCAUCGUCAUUGCCGGCGUGGUCCUCAUUACCGUCGCUCAAGGCAUGCACGUGCAGUUCCGUGGCGGCUACUCGACAAGCCAGCUUGCGGGUAUCAUUGCGGGAGAGCUGCUUGAAGGCAUUGGAACCACGAGCACGCCCUCCUCAUCACAUCCUGCUGGGCUGUUGGGUAAGUCUACUGGCGUGGACUGUGCUGACAUCAGUUCGCAAGCCGGUGGUGGUAUCGCUUCCGCCGUGUCCUGUGCUGUCUGGAAGUCGCUUCUCCCGGGCAAGCUGCAGCGCGGCCUCGAGUCUGCCGGCGUGCCUGACGCGAAGAAGCUCUCCAUGUCCAUUUUCCGCAAGCCGCUCGACUUUGUCAAGACGAACCCGCCCGGAGACCCGGCGCGCGAUGCUGUUCUCUUCGCCUAUCGUGACGUGCAGCGCACGUUGAGCAUCAUUGGCCUCGCCAUUUCCGCCAUUCCAAUCAUCCUGUCCAUCUUCAUGGACAAUGUCCGCCUCGACGAGCGCAAGACCAUUGUCGACUCGGAUAGCGAGGAGGACUUGACCGUCCGCGAGUCGCCGCUCUACGUUCAAGGUGACAAGAAGGAGUUUGCCGAGAGCGAGAAGGACGUCAAGCGCGUCCCUGCCCAGUAG